ACAGACAUAGUAAGACAAGAGGUUAAGGUUGAACCAGAAGCACCGAAUGAAAGUUUGUUUACCGGACCUCUUUUAUAUGCCUCCAUUCUUUUUCUUAGUGGCCUAGGAUAACUUAUCUUUAUCUACACUGAUCUAAAAUUCAUGUACAAUUCAGCAGAAAGAAAAAGUUCCAACUACUUUGAAUGUGUAUCGGAUGACUUACCAACAAGGCCGACUAAAUGCCUACUGGACCAUUCAAACUUACAAAUAAGCCCAUGCUAAGAUUUAGUGGGCUUAAAAACUCCAUUGAGCUCAAUAUUUUACUGCCAUGUGUCUUAUAAUUUGCCAUACUCAUCAGUCAUCACACGUUCACACGUGUUUUCUUCAUCAUCAAAUUUGUAAUGAUGUAGAUAUUGAGCCAAUUGUACUUGUAAGCUGCCUUUUGGACUUUAUCAAAGAAUCAUGCCGACAAAAAAACACUUGAACGAGUACAAAACUGUCGGGUACAAAACAUGGUGAGAAAUACGUCAGAUAUAUAGUAGUUUUAGCCUUUUAGGUACAUGCAAUAUUUGUAACUGAUUUAACAUUUCUUUUUAAAAAAUUAAAUUUCUACGAAUUACUUCAUCAAUCAUCAUAAUCUCGUUUUCACCUGUUGUCCAGAGUUUUCAUAUUUUGUUAGAAAUACGUCAGAUAUAUAGUAGUUUUAGCCUUUUAGGUACAUGCAAUAUUUGUAACCGAUUUACCAUAUUCUUUCCAAACCCCAAUUUAAACAGCCUAAUAUAUUUAAUGUAAUACUAUAUAGCUGAGCAAGUUAUACCCACCAAUACGUUUAAUUUGUUUGUUCAAUGUUCUAUUCUAUAUGGCAUGUUAUAUCUUAAUUUAUAGAACUUGAAAAAGUCAAUAUAAAAACUUAGAUUUUCGUUUUUGUAACUAGUAUACUUUUAUCUCAAAAGAUUGCGUUCACGAAAUUUUUCCUCACAGGACCACUUUCCGAAUUGUGUUUCUUACAUAUUUACAUGCCUACAUGUAGAUAAACAUUAUCUUUAACUUUUUGGCAGCAUAUCAAUCUUACGGCAUCUAGAAAUUUUCGCUCGUGACGCACAUGUCGACAAUCUACGUACAAGAAUUCAAUUAUGUAAUCUCGCCGUGAAGUCCUUUGAAGCAUAGUGAAAUCGGUUCCAGAAUCAAUCACAUCCACUGUUCCUUCUUUUUUUGACACACGAGAAAGAAAAAUGGCUUCUCAUACUGUUUCUAGCGGACAAAAACCACACGUUGUUUGCGUGCCUUACCCUGCUCAAGGCCAUAUCGACCCUAUGCUGAAAGUAGCUAAACUGCUCCACAACAGAGGCUUUCACGUCACUUUUGUCAACAACGUCUACAAUCACAACCGUCUACGUCGGUCGCGUGGGCCCAACGCGCUGGACCGGAUUCCUACGUUCCGGUUUGAGUCUAUCCCUGAUGGUCUACUAGAGACUUAUGGGGAUAAGAUGCAGGACAUCCCUUCCCUUUGCGAGGCCACUAUGAAGAAUUGUCUAGCUCCAUUUAAGGAACUUCUUCAGCGGAUCAACGCCCGAGAUGAUGUUCCUCCGGUGAGUUGUAUUGUAGCUGAUGGUAUUAUGAGUUUCACUCUUGACGCUGCGGAGGAGCUCGGUGUCCCGGAGGUUGUUUUCUGGACCACAAGUGCUUGUGGCUUCCUGUCCUAUCUGUACUUUCACAAUUUCAUCGAGAAGGAUUUAUGUCCAUUAAAAGAUGAGAGUUACUUAAACACACGAAUAGACUGGAUUCCAUCCAUGAAACACCUAAAAUUAAAAGACAUCCCAUCCUUCAUCCGUGCGACUAGUCGUGACGACAUCAUGCUCAAUUUUUUUCUCCAUGAGACUGACCAACUCAAACGCGCUUCCGCUAUCAUUCUCAACACGUUCGAUUAUCUUGAGCAUGACACCAUACAAUCUUUGCAGUCUAUUUUACCUCCGUUAUACCCUAUUGGACCGCUCAAUCUACUAGUGAAUCGUGAUAUCGAAGAGGAUAGUGAGAUAGGACGGAUGGGAUCGAGUCUAUGGAAGGAGGAGAAGGAGUGUCUAGACUGGCUCGACACCAAACCUCUAAACAGCGUUGUUUACGUUAACUUUGGUAGCAUAACGGUGAUGAGCGCAAAACAACUCGUAGAGUUCGCUUGGGGUUUGGCGGCAACAGGAAAAGAGUUUUUGUGGGUGAUCAGGCCGGAUUUAGUAGACGGUGAAGUGCCGAUGCUUCCGCCAGAUUUUUUAACCGAGACGGCUGGCCGGAGGAUGCUAGCGACUUGGUGUCCUCAAGAGAAGGUUCUUUCUCAUCCAGCGGUAGGAGGGUUCUUAACGCACUGUGGAUGGAACUCGACUAUAGAGAGUCUUUGUGGUGGAGUUCCUAUGGUGUGUUGGCCAUUCUUUGCUGAACAGCCAACAAAUUGUAAGUUUUGCUGUGAUGAAUGGGGAGUGGGGAUGGAGAUCGGUGGAGAUGUAGUGAGGGAGGAGGUCGAAGCGGUGGUAAGAGAGCUAAUGGAUGGAGAGAGAGGAAAGAACAUGAGGAAGAAGGCGGAAGAGUGGAUAGGCUUAGCUGAGAAAGCGACGGAGCAUACGUGUGGUUCAUCGGAAUUAAAUUUGCAGAUAGUUAUUAACAUAGUUCUCUUACAGCACCUCCAUCCUAGCAUCCUAGCAUCCUAGCGAAGGAGGUGACUUUCUAAACAAUAAAAGGUAAAAGUAUUCUUACACGAUGUUUUUUUUAUCUAAGAAACUAAAGCUAUUAGAUACCUUUUAGAUCUUUCUUUAUAAAGUUAAGUGUAAUAAGUGGUUAGUCUUUUAACAGAAAAAAAAAGAUUUAGGGUUUGAUAGGUUGAAUCCCUGGUUUUAUGGUUUUUGCUCUAAGAUUUAAUCUUUAAAUUUUUAACUAUAGUUUAAUUUUCUUUUGUUGUAGAUUUUUUUCCAAAGUACUAAUCAAAAUUUUUUUAAACUAAAUCAUGAUUGUUUUAAAAGACUGUAAAAAUAAAAAUAGCUGUUCACGGCUACUAAACCUCUUCACUCUUAAUUAGCAUGCAAACGAAAUGCUGUUAAAACAUUAACAUACUUUUCUAAGAGCAAGCUUUAGAGCAUGCGUACUGGUGGUUUUGUGUUUCUUCCUUCUUUCCUUAUUGUUUAUUUGGUUUUUUUCGAAACCAACCUUCAAUUUGGAGUCAACUACAAAACCAACCUUUUUUUUUAUCAUUACUAUUCACCCUUAAAAGUUCUAAACUCUCGUUAUGUUUUUGAAUUAUUUACAAAAGUGCCAUAAUUAAUUAAUUAUUUAAUUAUUUCAAAAAUGGGAAAAACCCUAUUACACCCUAAACAUUUUUUCUUAUUUACAACAAUGUCAUUAUCAUCAAUUUUCCAACCACCAUGAACCACUAUUUUUGAGCUCUUAAAAGCUCAAUAAUUCAAUUUGUAACCACAUUUUCUCUUUGUAAACUAACAAAUCUUCAUUUUCUCUCAUUUCCUCUCCAUUUUCAUCUAAAAAACUCCCUAUAACUUUCAUUUUUAUAAUAUAAACUUUCAUAUUUUUGAGUUUAUACAGUUGUGAGUCGAGAAAGGUGGUUCUUUUUGGUCAUAUUUGGAGCUUGGACGGUGGUAAAGGGUGAAAACAAGCUUUACACCGAAAAUGUAACUAUUUAAUGGGUUUUCGUCAUUUUUCAGAUCUUUAUCGCGAUAGUAGACUAUUUUGUAUGUCUACGCUUAUAUGUAGACUUACGAUGCGGUCUACUUUUCAACGCACAAGUUACUUUUGCAAUUGACAAAAACAUUUUUUUUUUGUAUAGUAGACUUCCCUAGAAGUCUGCAUCUUAACCUUUGAAAACAAAAACAAAAAAGUUUGUAGACUUACUAAGAAGUCUACGUAAAGAGGUUAGUUUUUACAUUUGACUGAACCUUGGGAAACUUUUGACUUUUCAUAAUAGACUUCACCGGAAGUCUAUAUUAUGUAGACUGGUAGGGAUUACAAAAUGUCAGUUUUGCAUUUGACCAAAACUUUGACUGCGUUGAAUAGGUUAGUUUUGUAUUUGACUAAAAUGUUAUAAAGUUGACCAAAUAAAAAAAAUAGUGUAGACAUUAUUCAUAAUGUAUUUUCAAGAUUUUUUAGUUUGAUAAUGUGUGUUAGUUAAUCCUAAUGGUCUUAAACUAUUUUGAAAAGAUAAUCUUUUAUAAUUAUGAAAUUAUCAACAUUUUGGUUUCAAUAUCUAGUUAAUUAAUAAGUGUAGACGUCUUUAUAAAUCUACUUUGUAAUAUUAUCAAACAUGAAAUUUUUCUUCGCUUAUUUUGUACACAUGGUGAACUUGUGCAUGAUGGUUGUACACAUGGUGAACUUGUUGAGAUGACACAAGAAGAUUAUGAUCUCGACAAGAAAACCGAGAUGGUGGAGCUAACGUAUUCCAUAUCAGACAUAAUUUAGAGCAAAUGGGUCAUGAUACUCCUCCUAUUCAUGUCACGAAUGAUCGACAAGUGCGCAGUUUGAUCGAGUUAUGUAAGAUGCAUAUUGUACGCCUUUGUGUAUCAAGACAGUGUCAACUAUACUACAAAUUUUUGAUUUAACUAUAUUUUAGAUAAUAAGUGUAGACAUCUUUGUAAGUCUACAAAUGUAGACUACUGUUAAAGUCUACGUCGUAAAUACUAUUAAAAGUAGCAUAAUAUUUUUUACGAUUUAAUUAUAUUAUAGUGUGUUAGUAGUCUGCUUCUGCAUUUUUUUGUUUGAAGUAUACACUUGAAACUUAUUGCAAAAUUUUGUGAUUAGUUUUACUCUUCAAACUUCUUAGGAAUUUUGUAUAGAUUUUUUUCUUCUCACAUGUGUGUAAUCGUUUGGUUGAUUAGAGUAUCUUGUGAAAAAAUUAAUAGCUAACAAAAAUUAAUAAUAUUAUACAAGUGAAAUACAACUAAAAAAAAUACUACAAUGUUUAUAGAUUACGCAUCAUAUAAUUAUUUACAAAUGAAUAUUUUACUAUGACAAAUUAUUACAAAGCAAUUUAUUAAAAAAUAUUUUUGAGCGUGUUUGAUUUUUCAUAAUCUUGAUGCCUCAAAUGAAGUCUUGGAAAAGAGUACCUGCAAAGUAAGAUAAAGUUAUGACAAAAAUAUAAGAAAAAAAAAUUAAAUCAUAUUUUAGUAGACAUUUUAUUAAGUCUACUUAAAAUUUAUGGCUUAGUAGACUUUAGUUGAAGUCUACUAGUCCUGACUUUUAAGUUGAAGUCUACCGUGUCAGAAAAUUUUUAGAUCUGAAAAAUAUAUACAUUAAAAAAAAUAUGAAAAUGAGUUUAUAUCUAAAAAAGUUUAGAAAAAUAGAAUUUAUAAGACAAAAUAGUAGUAAAUUAAAGACAUAAAGUUUGAAUAUGUAAUUUUAUUUAAAUAUAAAUACAGAACACAUAUUUAAAAUCUAUAGAUGUAAAUUUUAUAUUUAUGGAUGAAGAGAGAACAACCAUGGAAAACAAUAACUGCAAAAUAAGAUAAAACUAUUAAUAAAACAUAGGGAAAAAAAUUGAAGUCAUAUUUUUGUAGACUUCCACUGAAAUCUGCUUAAAAUUAGUGGUUUAGUAUUUUUUUUUUGAGGUCUACUAGGUUUAGUUUAUAAGCAGACUUCAUUAGAAAUCUACAUUAUCUAAGGCUCUAACUGGUGACCAUUAAAAUAGGAAUAUGAAUGAGUAGGAAAGGAACAAAGAGGAACAAAAUAAAAGGAAUGAAAAUGAAUAUUUAUUCCUUUUGUUCCAUAUCAAUUUUGAUAAGGAAUGUUUUUCUUCUGUAGUUCCUUAAAAUUCAAGGAAUGACAAGGAAUCAAACGCAGCGAAAAUUCCUCAUAAAUGGUAUAAUUUUAAAGAAUGAGUAGGAAUUGACUA